AUGGAAGGGGAUAUAGUGUUGUUGGUGUUCGUCGGAGAUGUUACUUGGUCUGAUUUAGGUAACGGGCAAGCCCCAGAAGGUUUUCCAGGUCUUGUGAUUACGUACAGUCGGAGUAGUUUAGAAAAGAUGAUUCGAGUUGCUGCUGUUAGGCAGUGGAGUGGUAUUAUCAGAGAACUCCAUGGUUCAAGUUCGCCUAUCACACCGCUGUUUCUGCAACAGUUUUCAACCACUAGUCAGUCUAAAACGGCUUACACUGGCUCGGAAAUUCUCAACUACAUGGGGGGAUUGGAUGGUGAUGAAAAACAGUUGAUCCAUAAGUUGGUGAAUUUUCGCAUGAAAGAAGGCAAAAAGACAAGAGUUCGUGCUAUCUUCCAUGAAACCCUUCACAAGCUAGCUCGUACUGAUCGUGAUGCAGUCAAACUUAUAUCUGAAGCCCUAGAGAAUGUGAAACCCAUUUGUGAAGUAGCAAAACUAAAAAACGACGAACUAAUCAUAGCUCAAGAUUGGAGGAAUGUUUGUCUGCUGAGAUAA